CCUAAUACAGAGGGUUGCAAGUCAUGCCGCUGAACUGAAGUUCUACCAGUUCCUCCUUUUCAUUCCAUCAAAGUCCAGAAAGACUUUUUGCAAGCUUGCAACUCCAAUCAUACACCGUAGUUGCCAAUCCAAUCAUAUGAAUAUUCCGGCGAGAUUCUCUCUGUUCUUUUUAAUCCUCUCCGUCUCCGGCCCCGGUGGAAUUUCUGCUCACAGAGAUGGAGAAAAAGAUUCCACCGUGAAGACCAUGGAGGACUUCUCCGGGUACUCAAUCCACGAGCCCAAUUAUCCCACCUCAGUUUCUUCUUUAUCAGUGGACACUCACUCUCUGCAGAAACAGAUUGAUGAGCUAUCAACUUUCUCAGAUUCACCAGCACCUUCAGUAACUAGGGUCUUGUACAGCGCGAACGAUGUAUUGGCUAGGAGGUAUGUGAAGAGCUUGAUGAGUCUUUCUGGUCUCUCUGUAAGAGAGGAUGCAGUAGGUAACAUCUUUGGUCGGUGGAAUGGCUAUGAACCGGAGCUGGCUCCAGUUGCAACAGGAUCACAUAUUGAUGCCAUACCAUACUCUGGGAAAUAUGAUGGUGUGGUUGGUGUCUUAGGUGCAAUUGAGGCACUUAAUGCGCUGAACAGAUCUGGCUUCAAGCCCAAACGGUCACUGGAAGUGAUCAUGUUCACCUCAGAGGAGCCUACAAGGUUUGGGAUCAGCUGCUUGGGAAGCCGGUUAAUGGCUGGGAGUGUGGAGCUUGAAGGACUUCUCAAGAAGACAGUGGAUGGUCAGAAUAUUUCAUUUUCUGAUGCUGCAGAAUCUGCUGGUUACAGAAAUGCUCUACACUUUUCCAAUGUUUUAUUAAAGAAGGGAAGCUAUUCCGCUUUUAUAGAACUGCACAUAGAACAAGGUCCACUUCUAGAAGAGGAAGCUAUACCUAUUGGGAUUGUGACUGCCAUUGCUGCACCUGCAAGUAUUAAGGUUGACUUUGAAGGCAAUGGUGGCCAUGCCGGAGCUGUCCUUAUGCCAAAGAGGAAUGAUGCUGGACUGGCUGCGGCUGAGUUGGCAUUAGCAGUGGAGAAACAUGUAUUGGAAUCCGGAUCAAUGGACACAGUUGGCACUGUGGGUAUUCUGGAGCUGCAUCCAGGAGCAGUAAACAGCAUUCCAAGCAAAUCACACCUGGAGAUAGACACACGUGACAUCGAUGAAAAGAGGAGAAACGAAGUUGUUGAGAAAAUACAUCAGUCUGCCUUAAGCAUAGCCGAGAAGCGUAACGUAAAGCUGUCAGAGUUCAAGAUAGUGAACCAAGAUCCGCCCGCCCAAUCUGAUGAAUCAAUCACCAUGGCAACCGAAUCAGCAUGCCGCCAACUUAAUUUGAACUACAAGAAAAUGAUUAGCAGAGCCUAUCAUGAUUCCUUGUUCAUGGCCAGAGUAUCUCUAAUGGGCAUGAUAUUCAUUCCUUGCUACAAAGGAUAUAGCCAUAAACCCGAGGAGUUUUCCGACAUUGAAGAUAUCGCAAAUGGCGUGAAGGUGUUAGCGUUGACCCUCGCAAAGUUGUCGUCGCUACAAGCUUGAUGCGGCCUUGAACCCUCGCAAAGUUGUCGUCGCCACAAGCUUGAUGCGGCCUUGAACAAUAUUAUCAUAUGAGGUUCUGCUCAUAUCUGUGUAGAUUUAGUUGUCCACUUUUUACAAAAAGUUCAUUUUAAGAGAUGACUUUGAAAUGUCAAAUAAGUCCUUCAAAUGAGUUUGUCACACGUUCAUAUCACUGUUGUUCAACUAAUAUCGAGAAAAUGAAAAUAAGAAUAUAAACAACUACGGAGUAUAUAUGAAGCUUCUUUUUCGUGGUUCUGUGCUUGCUGUGCAAUUU